UUGGCAGCCGGAGCCGCCGCCGCUCCGCAUUCCUCCGUUCUUCCCAAAAGGGGCUAACAUGGCGAUGGGCAGGAUGAGGUGAAGGAGCGAGGGAGGAGAGGAAGAGGAGAGGAAAGGGGGGGAGAGCAAAAGGGGCGAGAAAAAAAAAAGGCGGGGGGGAGAAAAAAAAGAAAGCGGGAAAAAAGGAGAAACGAUAAAUGAGGGGAAGGGGGAUGCGAGCAGGGCUGGCAGCGCGGUGAUUCCCUCCUCCCUCCGAAAAGGGGAAAGAGCAAAAAAAACUAAAAAAAAAAAAAAAAAAAGGCAGGAAAAAAAAAAAAAGGAAAAAAAAAAAAGGCAGGGAAAAAAGGCGGAGAAAAAAAAAAAAGCAGAGGAAAAAAAAAGCAGAGAAAAAAGGCAGAGAAAAAAAGGAAAAGGGAAAAAAAGCGAAGGAAAAAAAAAAAGGCAAUAAAAAAGCAAAGAAAAAAAAAGGCAGAGAAAAAAAAAAAGGGCAAAGAAAAAAAAAAAAAAAGCCACCAAGCCAGCAACCCACCCAACCCACCAGCUCCUUUUUUUUCAUGGAGAGCACAAACCCCAGGCAAGCGGAGGAGGACCGGGACUCCUUUGCGCGGAGACCUUUGCAUCAAAAUGCUGAUAGUCGAAAAGACGACUGACUACCCUUCGGCCGAGUACUCCCUGGUGGAGGAUGUAGCCCUCCACUUCACGUGUUUGAUGGACAGACUGAACGAGCAGCGCCUCUUUCAGCCGGACCUGUGCGACGUGGACAUCGUGCUGGUGCAGCACAAGAGCAUCUUCCCGGCGCACAAGGGGGUCCUGGCGGCCUACAGCCAGUUCUUCCACUCCCUCUUCACCCAAAACAAGCAGCUGCAGCGCGUGGAGCUCUCGCUGGAGGCCCUCACCUCCCAGGGCCUCCAGCAGAUCCUCAACUUCAUCUACACCUCCAAACUCCUCGUCAACUCCUGCAAUGUGCAGGACGUGCUGAACGCGGCCGCCGUGCUGCAGAUGAACAACAUCGCCUCCUCCUGCCAGGACCUCCUCGACACGCGCUCGCUCAGCCUGGCCGCCGACAUGGCCCUGCCCGCCGAGGGCUGCGCCGGCCCCCCGCCCUACUACUGCGAGAUCAAGCAGGAGGUGGACGCCCCCCACCCCAAAAUCUACGCCCGGGAAGGCAACGACCCCUACUCGGUGCGGGUGGAGGACGGGGCGGGUGGUGGGACACUCCCCGCGGGGCCGGCCAAGCAGUACUACAAGGAGGAGAAGGAUGGCGGCCCCGGCGCUGUCUGUAAGAUGGAGGGUGAGGAAUCUGAGGAGGACCUGGACAGCCAGGGCUCCUACAACCGGGAGCAGAUCAUCGUGGAGGUGAACCUCAACAACCAGACCCUCAACGUCUCCAAGGGGAUGGAGGGGAAGGCGGCCGCCAGCGAGGCGGCCGUGAUGGGGCGGCCCGAUGGCGACGGGCGCGACACGGAGGAGGACGGGGAGGAGGAGAACGAGGAAGGGGAGGAGGAGGAGGAAGAGGAGGAGGACGCGGAGGUGGGGGAGGAGGAAGAGGAGGAGCACAGUGAGGAGGAAGACCUGGAGGAGACGACAGAAGAAGAGGAGGACGAAGAUGACGAUGAAGAUGCGUCGGAGGUGAAAAGAGAAAAGAGCGGGCAGCCCCGCAGGGGUAGCCGAGCAUCCAAGGCCACCAAAUCCACCAUGGCCACCAGGUCGCAGGAGAUGGCCAAGGCAGAAGAGGAGGAGGAGGAGGAAGAGGAAGGGCAGCGAGGGAGGAAGAGGAAGAAGGAGCAGGACGGGCUGGGCCAAAAGGUGAAACUGGAGGAGAAGCAGCACUACCCGUGCAAGAAGUGCCCCCGAGUCUUCAACAACCGCUGGUACCUGGAGAAGCACAUGAACGUCACGCACAGCCGCAUGCAGAUCUGCGACAAGUGCGGCAAACGCUUCCUCCUCGAGAGCGAGCUGCUGCUGCACCACCAGACCGACUGCGAGAAGAACAUCCAGUGCGUGACGUGCGGGAAGGGCUUCAAGAAGCUCUGGUCGCUCCAUGAGCACAACAAGAUCGUCCACGGCUACGCCGAGAAGAAGUUCUCCUGUGAGAUCUGCGAGAAGAAGUUCUACACCAUGGCCCACGUGCGCAAACACAUGGUUGCUCACACCAAGGACAUGCCCUUCACCUGCGAGACCUGCGGGAAGUCCUUCAAGCGCAGCAUGUCCCUCAAGGUCCAUUCGCUGCAGCACUCGGGGGAGAAGCCAUUCAAAUGCGAGAACUGCAACGAGCGCUUCCAGUACAAGUACCAGCUGCGCUCCCACAUGAGCAUCCACAUCGGGCACAAGCAGUUCAUGUGCCAGUGGUGCGGCAAGGACUUCAACAUGAAGCAGUACUUCGACGAGCACAUGAAGACACACACAGGCGAGAAGCCCUACAUCUGCGAGAUCUGCGGGAAGAGCUUCACCAGCCGCCCCAACAUGAAGCGGCACCGCCGGACCCACACGGGCGAGAAGCCCUACCCCUGCGACGUCUGCGGCCAGCGCUUCCGCUUCUCCAACAUGCUCAAAGCCCACAAGGAGAAAUGUUUCCGCGUCAGCAACCCCUUGGCUUCGGACACGGCCGCCCCCCAGCCCGCCGCCAGCCCGGCCCCGCUGCCCCCCGGCCCCGGCAUCUCCCCGCUGCCACUGCUUCAUCCCCUCCCACAGAGCCUCCCUCCUCCUCCUCACCUACCGCCACCACCUCCCCUGUUCCCUGCGGGGAGGAUAAAUUCCAAUAACAACUAG